AUGCCUCGACCACGAUUGACACCGCACCUGUCGCUAAAUCGCUUCAAGAGCACCACCUCGAUCAAGUCAACUGACAGCCAGAGCAACAGUCGAGCCGUGAGCCCCAAGAGAAAGGGAGAGGAGCAGGGAGACCACAAGGGCUUCAACCUGGUCUUGAGAGUACAGGUGCUCGAGGGCCGAAACCUCGCUCCCAAAGACAAGAAUGGUACCAGCGAUCCCUACCUAGUCAUUACUCUAGGAGACGCACGCGAGGCUACCUCUGUAAUCGACAAGACAUUGAACCCAAAAUGGAACCAAACCUUCGACCUCCCUAUUUCAGGCAUCUCGAGUCUGCUGCUAGAGGGUGUGUGCUGGGACAAAGAUCGCUUUAGCAAAGACUACAUGGGCGAGUUCGAUGUCGCUCUCGAGGAUAUCUUUACCAACGGACAGACUAUCCAGGAGGCAAGCACACCCAAGUGGUACAAACUCGAAUCUAGAAAAUCGGGUCGCAAGAAGAGCCAUGCCUCUGGCGAAGUCCUCCUAAAGUUUUCCGUAUUCGACCCUAUUAAUCCGAACGCCACCGCUCAACAGACCCUCCAAAAGUUCUACGGUGUUAUUGCCCUCGAAGAUCCCGCCGAGGGAGACGAAGACCUGGACGAACUUGCUCGUGCAGAAGAAACCCCCGAUGAAGAUGAAGACGACGAGGAUGUUGAUGGCGCCAGUCCCGAGCAAGCAGAAAAGAGGAAGAAGAGACACAGACUCGCCCGUCUGAAGCGAAAGACCAAGCUGAAGGCUUACGAGUUCAAUGGUAUGAGUGCUGUUGCUGGUGUUCUCUUUGUCGAGAUUCAAAAGGUGACGGACCUGCCUCCCGAACGCAACAUGACACGUACUUCCUUUGACAUGGAUCCUUUCGUUGUCAGCUCCCUGGGCAAGAAGACAUACAGAACUCGCGUCAUCAGGCAUAAUCUCAACCCUGUCUUCGAGGAGAAGCUCGUCUUCCAGGUCUUGCGACACGAAGUCAACUACUCGCUCAAUCUUACUGUCAUCGACAGAGACAAGCUAUCCGGAAACGAUUUCGUUGGCGCUGCCACUUUCUCCCUUGAAAGGGCUAGAGCUGUUCAACCAGAGGCUGAUCCGGAGACUGGUCUUUACCGCUGUCCAGAUACACCUGACGCAGGGGUCACACCUAACAAUGAAUAUAGACGCUCACGGUUCCGUUUGGCUUCCUCGCGCUCACAAUCAAGCCAGACGCUUAGUAGAUCCAUGAACAGACCUGCGUUACGGAAGGAGGACUCGGGCGACUCUUUGAACGCUGUCGACACACGCGAAGAUCUACCGUCGCCAAUGACCAGCAACCCAUAUAUGACCGACACUUCUAACAUUCCUCAGGUGAACGUGGACCACGAUGGUAUCGAGGAUCCAGACCUCAAAUACUACGCCAUUCCAUUGCAGCUGAAGAACAAGGAUAGAUGGGAAGACAAGCACAACCCAAUCGUUCACAUCAAAGUCAAAUAUCUACCAUACCAAGCGCUCCGCCAACAGUUCUGGCGUGCUAUGUUGAAGCACUAUGAUGCAGAUGACACCGGAACUCUUGACAAGGUCGAGAUCACCACCAUGCUUGAUACCCUUGGCUCUACUCUGCACGAGGAUACUAUCAACUCCUGGUUCAAACGUUUUGCUUCUGAGAAUGGCGGAGAGGAGGUCUUGACUAUGGAUCAGGCAGUGAUGUGUCUGGAGGAUCAGCUUACGAAAUUCCAGAAGAAGGCAACUCUCGCCGACACUAUACAGGGGAAGCUUCAUAUCUCGGAAACUAAAACCUCAAAGUUGACUGCAGCAGACGGUCAAGGAACGCCUCUGAACAACCAAUCUCAAACCUCAGUGGUCCCAGCACUUGAGGUGCAGGACCUUUCGGCCGACGGAGAGGAGGGUGGUGCGUUGCCGGACGAUGAUCUCGCGGAUGAAGAGAAGGGUGAGGAGCAUGUCGUGGAGAUCAAAGAGUGUCCCAUCUGUCACCAGCCUCGUCUCGACAAAAAGGGCUCAGAAGCCGACAUCAUCACGCAUGUAGCCACAUGUGCCUCGCAGGACUGGCGUGCUGUCAAUAAUAUCGUCAUGGGUGGCUUCGUGACCAGCAGCCAAGCACAGAGAAAGUGGUACAGCAAAGUCAUCACCAAGAUUGGUUAUGGUGGCUACAAGAUUGGAGCCAACAGUGCCAACAUUCUCGUCCAAGACCGUAUUACUGGACAAAUCAAUGAGGAGAGGAUGAGCGUGUAUGUCAGACUGGGUAUCCGAUUGCUUUACAAGGGGCUCAAGAGCAGGGAGAUGGAGAAGAAGAGAAUUCGCAAACUCCUUCGAUCCCUGUCCUUUAAGCAGGGUCGUAAGUAUGACGACCCCGCUUCAGCGUCGCAGAUCUCUGGGUUCAUCAACUUCCAUCAGCUGGAUAUGUCAGAGGUUCUCCUGAAAACAUCCGAGUUCAAGAGCUUCAACGAGUUCUUCUACCGCAAGUUGAAGCCAGAUGCUAGACCCUGCUCGGCUCCUGACAGGCCGGAGAUCGUUGUUUCACCAGCAGACUGCCGGACAGUCGUCUUCAACCAAAUCACUGAAGCUCAGCGCGUAUGGGUCAAGGGACGAGAGUUCUCAGUAGAGCGACUCUUGGGUAAUGCAUACCCUGAAGAUGCCAAAAGAUAUGUCGGUGGCGCCAUGGGUAUCUUCCGUCUGGCACCGCAAGACUAUCAUCGUUUCCACAUUCCGGUGGACGGUACAAUGCUUGAGCCCAAGCUCAUUGAGGGCGAGUACUACACUGUCAACCCCAUGGCUAUCCGGAGUGCGCUUGACGUGUAUGGUGAAAAUGUCAGAGUGGUUGUGCCAAUUGAUAGUCCGAAGCACGGACGCGUGAUGGUCAUCUGUGUUGGAGCCAUGAUGGUCGGCAGCACAGUCAUCACGCGAAAGGCAGGAGAGAAGGUGAGCCGCGCGGAAGAAUUAGGAUAUUUCAAGUUUGGUGGCAGUACGUUGUUGCUGCUGUUCGAGCCUGGAAAGAUGCUGUUCGAUGACGAUUUGGUCGACAACUCUAAUGGAGCAUUGGAAACACUGGUUCGCGUCGGCAUGUCAAUUGGACACAGUCCCGACGAGGCACCUCAUAUGCCCGACAUGCGCAAGGAGAACCCCAGCAUGGCUGAGAAGCAAGAAGCCAAACGCAGGAUCGAAGGCAGUUUUGCGCCCAGCACAAGGGCGAUACCCGGCAUGCCAUCUGCAGCCAACAUCCAGUAA